CAAGACGCCCUUCGAAGCUCUUAUACUAAACCAAAACUUUUAAGUAAAAAAAAUCGGAGAAAUCUCUGCAAAUCUCUUGUAGAAGAAGAAGAUCUAAAGGAUCUACAGAACUUUCUAGAAGAAAAUGGAGUGUGUGUUCGGAAUGGUCGGUAACGGUUUCUCACUGGUGGUGGCGGACUCCUCCGCCGUGCACAGUAUAUUGGUUCACAAAUCUAAUGAAGACAAAAUCAUGAUUCUCGAUUCGCAUAAACUUAUGGGAGCGAGUGGUGAAGCGGGAGACAGAGCUCAGUUUACGGAGUAUGUGCAGAAAAAUGUGGCUUUGUAUCAGUUUCGUAAUGGUAUUCCGUUGACUACAGCUGCUACGGCUAAUUUUACAAGAGGCGAGCUUGCUACAGCUUUGCGUAAGAAUCCAUACAUGGUGAACAUUAUCCUGGCUGGAUAUGACAAGGAGACAGGCCCUUCUCUAUAUUACAUUGAUUAUAUUGCUACUCUUCACAAGGUGGAUAAGGCUGCAUUUGGUUAUGGCUCCUAUUUCUCUCUUGCCAUGAUGGAUAGGCACUACCGAAAGGACAUGACAGUUGAAGAAGCUGUUGAUUUGGCAGAUAAGUGCAUCAUGGAGAUCCGAUCUAGGCUGGUUGUUGCCCCACCAAACUUUGUGAUUAAAAUUGUCGACAAGGAGGGAGCCAGGGAAUAUGCUUGGCGCGAGUCUGUCAAAGAUGCCCCCGUUUCCAACAUCUGAAGCUCUGUUUUUGUGUUAUGUUUACUCUUGAAGCCCUAUGAAUCUUAUGUUCUGGGAAAAAAACUUUAGUCAUUGUAACUGCCAAAAAAUCUGAUGCUACAAGUAUUCACUGUUUGAUCGAUACACCUGCUGUGUUAAAGAUUUUAGUUUAAUUAUUUCGAGUUUCAGGUUGAUAGAAAGAUGGUAUUGUGAGACUAUUCUUAUGUUUCAACUAUCCCUUGUGUUA